AUGGCCUCUCGUGUCUUGGUAUCUGGUCUUCCCCGGUCGCUCCCUCCCCUCCCCCCGGGGCCUGCCCCUACCUGCGUUCCUUGCGUCGAGGGGCGGCAGCGCGCCGCUCCUCACUCCUCCGAGUUUCCGCCGACAGAGGCUCCGCUGCAGACUCUUCACAUGGACGUGUGGGGCCCAGCCCGCGUCCGUGGACAGGGUCAUGAGCGUUACUUCCUGCUGGUGGUUGACGAUUACUCGCGUUACACCACAGUCUUCCCCUUGCGCCGCAAGGAUGAGGUUACUGAGGUGUUGAUCGACUGGAUCCGCGCUGCUCGUCUCCAGCUCAGGAAGAGUUUCGGCUCUGACUUUCCUGUUUUGCGUCUGCACUCCGACAGAGGUGGGGAGUUUUCCUCCGGCCCUCUGCGAGCCUUCUGUCGUGCGAGGGGCAUCCGCCAGACGUUCACGCUUCCGGCCUCUCCACAGCAAAAUGGGAUUGCUGAGCGCCGCAUUGGCAUGGUCAUGGACGUCGCUCGUACGUCCAUGAUCCAUGCGGCUGCUCCCCAUUUUCUGUGGCCGUUUGCGGUUCAGUACGCGGCGCGUCAGAUCAACCUUCAGCCCCGGGUCUCCAUGCCGGGGACCUCCCCCACUCUGCUGUGGACGGGGAAGGUUGGCGAUGCGUAUGCGUUCCGUGUCUGGGGCUCUCGGGCUUUUGUCCGGGACUUGUCUGCGGACAAGCUGUCCUCCCGUGCUGUUCCCUGCGUCUUCCUUGGCUUCCCCCCUGACGCGCCUGGUUGGCAGUUUUACCACCCCACCUCGCGCCGUGUUCUGUCCUCCCAGGACGUCACGUUUGACGAGUCGGUUCCGUACUACCGUCUCUUCCCCUACCGCACUGCCCCGCUCCCCCCCCCGCCGCUCUUCCUUACGCCAGCCUUUAAAAUCACUUCCGACACCUCUGGCCCACCCGAGGGGGGUGACGCUGCUGCUGGCGCCCCGUCGGCCUACCGCCGCGCACCACGCUUGGAGACCCCUCCGGGGUUCCCCCCGCGACCUUCUUCACCGCCUCUGCAGCCGGCUACUGUUGACUCUGGUGCUGCUGGGGGUGGUGCUCCUGGAGGUGCUGCGUCUGGGGGUGCGGAGUCUGGGGGUGCUGAGCCAGCACGUGAGGAGACUGGGGGUUCUGCGCCUGGGGGUGCCGUGUCUGUGGGUGCUGAGCGUGUGUGUGCGGAGUCUGGGGGUGCUGAGUCUGGCGGUGAGACGCUUGAGGGUACUGGGACUGCUGGUGCGCGGCCUACUUGGAGUGGCCGCCUUCGUCCGCGUGUGCCUCUCACCACUCAGCAGCUGCACGACUGGUACGGUCGCCGUCAGCGUCGCGCUGCUGGAGCCCGGGACUCUGCUGCUCGAGGUACUGGAGCUGCUGGGGCUGGGGGUGCUGCGUCUGGGGGUGCUGCUGCGGGAGACGCUGCGGUUGGAGACCCUGGGACUGGAGGUGCUGGUUCUGGGGGUGCUGCUGCGGGAGACGCUGCGGCUGGAGACCCUGAGACUGGAGGUGCUGGUUCUGGGGGUGCUGCUGCGGGAGACGCUGCGGUUGGAGACCCUGGGACUGGAGGUGCUGGUUCUGGAGGUGCUGCUGCGGGAGACGCUGCGGCUGGAGACCCUGGGACUGGAGGUGCUGGUUCUGGGGGUGCUGCUGCGGGAGACACUGCGGUUGGAGACCCUGGGACUGGAGGUGCUGGUUCUGGGGGUGCUGCUGCGGGAGACACUGCGGUUGGAGACCCUGGGACUGCAGGUGCCGGUUCUGGGGGUGCGGCUGCUGGUGACGCUGGUUCUGGAGCUGCUGGCGCUGGAGGUACCGGUUCUGAGGCUGGAGCUUCUGGAGCUGCUGGAGGCGCUGGCGCUGCUGGAGGUGCUGGCGCUGCUGGAGCUGCUGGAGCUGCCGGAGCUGACAGGUAG